AUGGUAAAGAUAACUAAAGGAGUCUACAAGGAUAUAUCUUCAAUAAAACAGGAUUUAUCAAAUGAAAUUGAGCUUAUACUUUAUGAUUGUAAGAUAAAUUCACUAAAUGGUUUAGAAAAGUGCAAAAAAUUACAAAUUUUUGAGAUUCGAAACUGUAGAGGUCUUGACCCUGUAGUUGUGCUGCCAACUAUGGAAAAUCUAACAUUGUUCAGGAUUACAGCAUUCCAUGAACGCCAUAGAACUAUAAGAAAACUCGAUAUAAGUGGAUUAGUGAAUUUAGAGAAUAUUGAUUUUUUUGGCUGUAGUAAAUUUGAACAGUUGAUAGGAUUGAACACAUUGAAAAAAUUAAAGAAAAUCUAUUAUAGAUGUAGCAACAAUGUAUCAGAGCUCGAUCUAAAUGGAUUGGUGAAUUUAGAGGAGCUUGAAAUUGCGGGAUGCGGUGUCUGUGGAUUAGACACAUUGAAAAAAUUAAAGAAAUUCACAUUUAGUGCUAGCAAGGGCAUUGACCAACUUGAUGUAAGUGGAUUGGAGAAUCUGGAAGAGCUUGAUAUUUACAGCUAUCGAGUUAAAUGUGAGGUAAUAGGAUUUAACACCUUAAACAGAUUGAAAAAUCUCAAAAUUAAAUGCUGUAAUGCUAUUAAAAAGCUUGAUGUAAGUGGAAUGGCUGAACUUAACACACUUAGGAUUGAGGAAUGUAUAUAUUUGAAGGAAAUACAUGGAUUAAGUGCAUUGAUAAAGCUGAAGUAUUUUUCUGUGGAAAGCUGUGCUAUUACAAAGCUUAAUGCAAGCGGGAUGACAGAACUGGGUGUGCUUAAUGUUUCAUGCAAAAAUCUGAAAGAAAUCUAUGGAUUAAGUACAUUAUCAAAUCUAAGAGGACUUUCUUUGGGUUACAGUAAUGCUAUUAAACGGCUUGAUGUAAGUGGAGUGAUUGGAUUGAGCACACUUGAAAUCUCUUCAUGUGAAAAACUGAAGGAAAUCUCUGGAUUAAGUACAUUGUUAAAUUUGAGGGAUUUUAGGAUGUGGGACAAUACUGCUAUGGUACAGCUUGAUGUAAGUGGAUUAGAAGAGUUGAGAAUACUCGAAAUUUAUAGAUGCUUUGGAAUAAGUGAAGUGUUGGGAUUGGAUACAUUGCCAAAGUUGACUAAGGUUAUCAUGUCCAUUUCUAAACCACCAACACUUGCUUCGAUGCUGAAGGUAAAAGAAGAAGAAAUGAAUGCAUUAAAGGAAGGAUGGGAUAUAGAAAAGCUUCGUAGUAUAAGAAUGGAGAUACCACAAAAUGAUAAGCGUGAUGAAAGUAAGGUUGGAAAAGAAAUGGUUGAUAUAUGGCAACAAAUAAUUGAUAAGUCAACAUCUGAAGAAGACAAGAACAAUAAAGUAACACUCAAUGAUGAAAAUAACAAUAAUUCAACAUCUGAUGAUAUAAAAUAUAACAUAUUAUGUAAAUAUAAUAGUAAGAUGAAAGAGUUUAUAGAGAAUGUGUAUCAAAUCAAGAAAACCCUUAAGGGCAAGAAUAUUAUGAUGUAUCUAAAUAAGAAUCUUAUGAAAGCAUACAUUGAGACAAUAAUGAAGGAUGCCAAACGUGUUAUUGAUGAUACGAAAGGUGGUAUAGAUAAAAUUGGUAAUGACAAUCCAAACAAGAAGAAUAUAAGCUUGGAUGACAUAAACGCAUGUGUAUCAACAAUGUGCCUAGGACUUGAUUCAUGCUCUGUUGGAAUUAUGUCACAUGUUGAAAUGGCAUAUUCAGGACUUUAUUCUGUUGCAACAAGUGGAAGCGAUGUCCACAAGCGCAUAUAUGAUGGAAUAGCAAGUAUUAAGGAAGAUGUGUUUAAAAAGACACUACUUAAUGGUAAGAAUGGAAGAAGUAUGGAUGCAAAUGUUCAUAAAAAGACAUAUUUUUCAAGGUAUUUGAAUGAUUUUGUUGGAGUGUCUGUAGAUAAGCAUGAUGGGUUUAUUAAUAAUAGAAUGUAUAUACAAGUGAAUAAUGAUUCCAGGUGUAAAGGAGAUGUGAUAAAGUUUCUGAAUGCGUUUUUAGAUGGAAUUGAGCCAGAGAAAGUGGUAAAAGAACUGACUGAAAUAAUUAACAACGAGAUUAAUAAGAUGCCGGUGGAAGAGAAAGAAAAGAAGUGGAGAGAGUAUUUUAACUACUUUAUUGAUAUAAAGAAAAGAGUUGUUUGUGAUAUUCAUGAGAAUAAGAGUGAAAAUGGUGGAAAUAAUAAGAGUAAGAGUAAUAGUGGUGGGAAUAGUAAGAUUAAGAGCAAGAAUGGAAAGAAACGGUUUAAACCCAACACAGAUAAUGAGGUUGACGAUGAAAAUAGCAGAUAUCUAAAGAUGAUGUUUAAAUUUAGCAGAGAUGAUAUAGACCUGGCGUUGGAAUGGGAAGAUCCUGAGAGUCUCAGAGAGGCAGGUGUGAUGUAUGCAAUGAUUGCUGACUUUGAGGUACUUAAAGGAAAUGCAUGUUUAUGGUGCAUAGAAGAAAGUAUAUAUGAGUAA